UUUGGAUCUUAUACCACUCUGUCUUUAUUGUCAUAAUUCCAUGAUUGAUGCUGAUAUAUGUUGUCAUCCCCUCCCUCUGCUCACUCAACCUUAUCAUUCUUGAAACCCCAGAAGCAAAAACGAUCCACCGAGUGUAGAUCUCUCACAAAAUUCGACCUUUUCAUGGGCUUUCUUCUUCAACCAACUCCUGCUACUCCAUGGACAAUUCGUUCUCUUACUCUCACUUCAUCUCCUCUUCUUUGAAGCCACUUCUUAAAUUACCCAUCACUCGUUUCCACCUUCUUCUUAUCUUCCUGCAUACCCUUUUAUAACUCCUUGCUUUUAGUCGCAGUCAGUCAAACCUCGAAAUUGAAGCGGUGUUCUUGUUUUGCAACUUCGAUUUUCACCCAAAACGAUCAAUUCCCAAAACGGGGCUGCUUUUUCGCUUAUCAUCAGUAGUCAACCCAUCAAUUGACUAUUCAAAUCUCCAAAACCGAUCAAUUGCAAAUCAAGUAAAUGGCAUCGGUGUUUUUGUAUCAUGUGGUGGGGGAUCUGACGGUGGGGAAGCCGGAGCUGGUUGAGUUCACCGAGAAUGAGACGCUCGAGGCUGCGAUUAAGGCAAUCGGAGAGUCGACAGAGUGCGGGAUAGCAAUUUGGAAGAGGAGGUCGGUGCAGAAGGGUUUAAUUGAGAACGCAGAGAUGAGGCAUCAGAGAUUUGUGGGUAUCUUAAACCCGCUCGAUAUCGUUGCUUUCUUGGCAAGAGAUGAUUGUUUGAAUGAUCAAGAGAAAGCUCUGAAGACGCCUGUUUCUGAGGUGGUUGUUCCUGACAAUACUUUGAUGAAGGAAGUUGAUCCUGGCACAAGAUGUUAUGAUCAUAGACAUUCACAUUGUUUUUACAAGCUGUUAAUCAGUAGCCAUAUGCGGAUCUGUUUGGAGUUCAAUAUAGAAUCGUACACAGUUUCCAGAUUAAUAGACGCAUUGGAGAUAAUGAAGCAAGGUGUCCGGCGACUUCUGGUUCCAAAAUCCAUAGGAUGGCGAGGGAUGAGCAAACGCUUCUCAAUUCUGUACAACGGAAAAUGGCUCAAAAACAUCGACAGUAACCCCAACAUCACCAUCCCCAAUAUCAACAACCGCCCUUCAUCUUCAUCUUCAACCCCCACACCCACCGCCCUCCGCCGCGACAAAUACUGCUGCCUUUCACGAGAAGACGUCAUCCGCUUCCUAAUUGGUUGUCUCGGAGCCCUAGCCCCUCUUCCUCUCUCCUCAAUUUCAUCUCUCGGCGCGAUAAACCCUAAUUACUGCUCAAUCGACGCAUCAUGUCCCGCAAUCGAAGCAUCCCGUCAGAUCCCUCGCGAACCAAGCGCGUUUGCAGUUGUGGACCGCACUCCCGACGGCCAACACACGAUUCUUGGAGAGAUUUCCGCUUCCAAACUAUGGAAAUGCGAUUAUUUAGCCGCCGCGUGGGCCCUUGCUAAUCUUUCCGCAGGUCAGUUUGUUAUGGGGGUCGAAGAUAAUUUGUCUUCAAGGUCGCUUCCUGAUAUGGUUCUGGCGGGAACAAAUGGCGGGAGUUUAGUGAAUGGAGGCGGAGCGCGGCCGCUGAGACAGAGGACGUUUAGUAGCAGGAGUGUUGGGUUUUUUAACAGUAACCCUUCGAGUCACAGUUUUGGGGAUAACCGGAGUAUGUAUAGAGGUCGGAGUGUGCCUUUGACAUGUAAAGCCACGAGCUCGUUGGCGGCAGUUAUGGCGCAGAUGUUGUCUCAUCGGGCGACUCAUGUUUGGGUGACGGAUGCCGAGAACGAGGAAGUCCUGGUUGGCCUGGUUGGAUAUGCCGACAUCUUAGCUGUUGUCACUCGACCCCGCGGUGCCCCUAUUACAGAGCCUCAAUCCACUUAGAAACAAUAACCUACUUAAUUUAAUGGAGAAUGUUUGGUUUUGGUUUUGGUUUUGGUUUGGUUGCAUUUGUGUAUGUACAUGUUUAAUACAUGAACCCAUGAAUUUGGAUCUUUUUUGUCAUAUUUAAUGGUUUUGAUCCCUUCAAAUU